CCCAAAAUCCUUCUACCUCACAAAUCAAGCUCACAAAAAUCUCUUUCAAACCCUAAUUUCUCAGAUCUAUUCAACUUUCAUCUUCAGCAAUGGCUCGUACCAAGCAAACAGCAAGAAAAUCCACCGGAGGAAAAGCCCCAAGGAAGCAAUUAGCAACAAAAGCAGCCCGGAAAUCAGCACCAGCAACCGGAGGAGUGAAGAAGCCUCACAGAUUCAGGCCAGGAACCGUCGCUCUUCGUGAGAUCAGGAAAUACCAAAAGAGUACCGAACUUCUGAUCCGAAAGCUUCCAUUUCAGAGAUUGGUUCGUGAAAUCGCUCAAGAUUUCAAGACUGAUUUGAGAUUCCAGAGUUCAGCAGUUGCAGCUCUACAGGAAGCAGCAGAAGCUUAUCUUGUUGGUUUGUUUGAAGAUACUAAUUUGUGUGCAAUUCAUGCUAAAAGGGUUACCAUUAUGCCAAAGGAUAUUCAACUUGCUAGGAGAAUCAGAGGUGAACGUGCUUGAUUUAUGGGGGGUUUUGUUCAAUUUCUCUUCUUUAUCUUUUGGGGUUCUCUGUGUAAAGGUUUUAGAUCUGUGGGUUUGGUGGGUUUUAUGUCUUCUCAUUUUGUUAAACUCUGUGUUCUGAAAUGAUUCAUCUAAUGAAAAUUGUUCACUGUUUUAUCUCUAA